CCAAAUUAAACAUAAGCAAAUAAAAAAUAGAAGAAGCAGAGUAAACAUGAAAAUUCAGUGAGAAAUUUAGCUCCUAUCGACAUCAAUGGCGAACCCUAGAAGACCGGCGUAUUCCUCGUAUCCGCUCCCAAUAACCGACCCGAUUCCGAACACGAUUCCGCAGUUCCAGCCCCAAACCCCACAAGCAGCGCCCACGUUCUUUAAUUCGCUCAAGAUUUUUCUCAAGAAGCCUCACGCAUUCCCGUUUCUGCUCUCAAUAUUCUGUCUUCUCGCAUGGGUUUCGCUCAGAUUGCAGCACCGUCACAGUCAUCAACCGUUUCACCAAUCGCCGUAUACUAUGAAAACCGACAAGAGCGGUGGUAACCUCAAGGAUUUGAAUGGAAAAUUUGUGAAAUUUUCCUCGGUUUCGCCUCCGUUGGCCAAGGAUAAGCGUGGCUGGAUACUCGAUCCCAUUUCAGCUGCUCUGGAUUAUGGCGUUUCAGGUGGAGCAGUUUCUUGUGCUUCCGUUCAUUUGGGUGAGAUCAGACCUGGAACCUUGAGAGGAAACCAUAGACAUCACACUUGUAAUGAGACGUUUGUGAUAUGGGGAGCUAAAACUUUGCUCAGGCUGGAAGACGAAAAACAGGCAAGAGGAUACUCUGAAGUGACUGUUGGCAUAGAUGAAGUCGCGGUUGUUGCUAGUCAUAGUGGCUCUGCACAUGCUUUGAUUAAUGUAGAUACUACUCGGAGCACAUUUUUCAUAGGGUGCCAGGACGCUGUUGUAAAUUAUAAUGGUUCAGCGACUGAUUAUCGUGUUUGGAAAGAUCUGAUUUAGUUUCUUUCUCUAGUUUGGAUGGGCAGUUGCUUCCUCCUGUAGUCAUUCCUUCAUGGAGCAACACACCCUGUAGAAAGAUAACAAUACAAUUCUCUGCAUGAAUACACAGCUUUUUCUCGAUA